UCGUGCGUGUGCGCGUUCAUGUGUGACGCUCCUGUCUCCAGGGUUUGCUCUCCAGGCGCCUCCUCUCUCCUCCUCCUCCUUCCAACAUGGCGCCGGCGCGCAGCGCUGCCUCCCCGACGGACGACGCUGAGAAGCAGAGAAAGAAGCGAAGAAAAAGCGGGUAGAAAAAAAACCUUCAGCAAAACUUCUGGUGAAACCAAACUUCAACUCCGCGAUCUUUGGAGGGAUCCUAAAAGGAAGACGCGCAGGUUUUUAUAGUUUUAGUGUUGGUGGGGGGAGACGUUUGUGCGUCACCGUGUGCGUAACGGAGAUCCCACCUGUCGGACGAAGGGAGAUCUCGCUCGGUUUGUUCCACGAUGUGAAGCUGUCUGAUCUGAGCUGAGAGUCUGGGGACUGACGGGCUCAGAGCUGGAGAAAACAUGAGCAGAGACACGGAGAGCCUGGAGGAGUGAGGCUUUUUCAGGAAGGAAAACAAACAAACAAACAAACAAACAAAAACAACAAGUUUUCCAUUGUUUCCCACUGAGAGGAUGGAUGGAGAACAUUCUGCUCUGUCAGGAGUGGAGAAGGAAAGAGAGAGGCUGCCACCAAUUUACACCAACUCUCCUCCUGCUGUUUUGGGACGAGGGACCAAGCAGCCGUUCCCAUCUCUGGGCACCUUCAUCUCCACACUGAGCCAGAGGAGGGAUGUGGCGGGGCGGGGCUUCACUGGUGGCGCCCUGACCAACACUGCAGGGCUCAGACACGGGAGAGAGUUGCCUCCCAUCUGCAUGGAUGUCCGUCAGAAGCAGCGUUUUUCCAUCGACACUCUGCCUCCAGAAGUCAAGGCUCCUUUCCCCUCUGACCCUAUUAUCCCGCUCCGCACCAAGACUACCAAAGAGUUUCAGGAGGACAUGGAACGUGCUGUUCAAUCAGGUGACUGGAGGGAGGUCCGAGAGUUUUAUCUGACCACCUUUGACUCUUUCAUAGAAAUCAACGCUGCCUUUAAGCGAGAGGCAAAUGGAUUGUUUAACACGACAGAGGACUCAGGAGUCAAUGCCAAGUUUGUCAACACUGUUUACGAUGCACUGCUCAGCACACCUCAGGACAUCCAGAAAUCUGUUCUGAAAGGGAUCAUCAACAGCCUGCUGAGGGAGUGGAAAGGGCCUCGGACGAAAGAUGACCUGCGAGCAUAUUUCAUUCUCAUUCAGAACCCACAGUAUUCAAGUACCAGCACCUAUGUGAUCUUUGCUCACCUCCUGAGGCAGAUCGCAGCUUUGUCUGAGGCUGACCACCACUUCCUGGUUCACUGGCUCAAAAGGCUGUCAGUGAGACGUUUCCGGCAGCUGGUGGAGCGUCUCCUGCAGUUCAUCUCCACCCGACUGUUUCCUGCAGAACCAGACGAACUUCCUCCUUCAGCCAAGUGCUCCUGGUGGAUUCCCUCAGCUACCAAAGUGCUCAGCCUGUUCAAUGCAGCCAACAGUGUCUCCUCACCUCCCAUAAUGCCCUUCACCGACUUCUACAACAUCGCUCUAGAACACAUAGACUUCAUGGAGGACUACAGAACCUGGCAAAACUACGGCAACUCAAACAGGUUUUCUUUUUGCCAGUUUCCCUUUGUGUUAUCAACAGUGGUGAAGAAAGCCAUCAUCCAGAAAGACUCGGAGCAGCAGAUGAUCAGUCAGGCCAGGUUGACGAGGAAACGGUGCGACCUGAAGAAGAAGCUGAGAGUGACGUUUGUUGGGGAGGCGGGGCUUGACAUGGGCGGCCUGACGAAGGAGUGGUUCCUGCUGCUCGUUCGGCAGAUCUUUCACACAGAUUACGGGAUGUUCACCUACAUGAAGGACUCACGCUGCCAUUGGUUCAGUAGCUGGAACUGUGACAACUACUCUGAGUUCCAGAUGGUUGGGACUCUGAUGGGCUUAGCGGUUUACAACAGCAUUGCUCUGGAUAUCCACUUCCCUCUCUAUUGUUACAGGAAGCUCCUCACGCCACCUACUGUACCACCUGAGCAGAACGCCCUUGUUGGCAUGGCAACAGCCACCUUGGAUGACUUGCAGCAGGUCAUGCCGGAUCUAGCUCAAGGUUUAACAGAGCUGCUGGGCCACGAGGGGAACGUGGAGGAGGACUUCUACCUCACCUUUCAGGUGUUCCAGGAAGAGAUGGGUGUUGUCAAAUCCUACAACCUGAAACCUGGAGGAGACAAAAUUCCUGUCACAAAGCAGAACCGGAAGGAGUACGUCCAGCUCUACGUUGACUUCCUGCUGAAUAAAUCCAUUUAUAAGCAGUUUGCUGCCUUCUACCAUGGCUUCCACAGUGUGUGUGCCUCCGAUGCUCUCAUGCUGCUGAGGCCAGAAGAAGUGGAAAUGCUGGUGUGUGGGAGUCCAGAGCUCGACAUGACGGCGCUACAGAAAGCUGCACAGUAUGAAGGAUACAGUAAAACGGACAGCACCAUACGGUGUUUUUGGGACGUGGUGUUGGCCUUCCCUCUGGAGCUGCAGAAGAAGCUCCUCCACUUUGCAACAGGAAGUGACCGUGUUCCUGUUGGAGGAAUGGCUGACCUCAACUUUAAAAUCUCCAAGAUUGAUGUUCCAGCUGACUGGCUGCCAAUCUCUCACACCUGCUUUAAUCAGAUCUGUUUGCCUCCGUAUCGAACCCGAAAGGAGCUCAAACACAAACUCACCAUUGCCAUCUCCAACUCUGAAGGUUUCGGUCUGGAGUGACCGAUCAGCACACACAGAAACAGACUGUUCACAAAAACCACAACACACACCACAUUGGAUCCAUGUGGCUCAGACUGCAGAGGAAAUGAGCUGCUUAGUAAAUGACUCCCAUCAUCUGUCA